CAUUCAAAUUGAUGGACUGUUGAUCAAUAGUAUGACAAAAGACUGCUUAUGUCAACAGCUGGUCAACAGAUAUGGACUGUGAAUAUAACUUGUUAGUUAUAUUUGAACUGUGACCCUUGACCUCUGCUCAAGUACUACCUUACAGAAGAGGAUUUUCUAGGUCCAGUGCAUACGGACUGUUGAAGAAGACAAUGUUGGUAAUGUUGGGACAACAUUUAUUUUGUCGGGGAGAGUGUGACAGGUUAAAGGAAAUAUUCAUAGCCUGAAAAUACAUUAAAAAGUAUUAGUAAAUUCAUAGUAUGUGAGGAUCUUAAAACAUCUAAGGUUAAAAAGAUCAUGCAUUCAGUAUUAGUUGAUAGAGAUUGAUAACAUUCAUCUAAUUGUGUUAAAGUUCAAAUCCGCUAAGCGUACAAAGGGUACGAAUUGUGAGAGUAAUGUGUAAACGUUAUAGUGAUUACUUUAUUUUGUGGUGCCUAAAAGUGUUAAUCUGUGAUCUACUAAAUGCUCUUAAUCUAUGAGCCUGAGAUCGAUUGCUCUGGUCUCCACCCAUAUUCCGAGGGAAAUCGCAGUCUUUUCUCAUUGCACUAAAAGUUUAAUUGAGAAAACAACACCGUAUCACUCUCGUGAUUAUUUCUCCCCUUUUUCAGGUACGUUAUUGAUGAUUAAAAAAAAUAGUAAUUUAAAUGUAAUAACUCGCUAACAUGUCAAUAGUGUUUAAGGUGUGUCUUAGUAACAUCUUGAGGAAGUUAGAGUUAAGUUUGCAGAGAGUAAUAUGAGCCCUGCUCGGUUGUAGCGAAGAAUAGCAUCGUAUUGAGAGUAGCUGCCGUUUUAGGUCGAUUGUGAAUGAACAUGUGCGUUGUUAAUAAGAUAUUUUGCUGUGUUAUUUGUAUAAUGGUUUUUCCGUUGUUUUGUAAUGUGUUACUUUUGUAAAAUGAUUACACUAAAAGUUUAAGUGAGAAUACAACACCGUAUCACUCUCGUGAUUAUUUCUCCCCCUUUUUAGGGUCGUAACAUUUUUGGAGGCUCCGCUGAGAUUGCUGCUCAGAUAUCCACUUUCCACAUCCUGGUCGCUGAAUUCCGAGCCAGCUAAAUCCCCACAUAACAACUCAGGCAGGCUGCAGUGAGGAAAGUGUUGCUGUUCGAGGGAAGUUGGAAGUUAGUGGUUAAGUACGUGUCAACUGAGGCCAUUGAUCGACCAUCAGAGACAGUAAGGACCAUCUAAUUCAGAGUCAACUCCUGCACAGUAAAAGUUCCUCCUGUUCUGUCAACAUGGCAAGCGCCUUGGAAGAACUACAGGAAGAGGUAGUAGGAGAAUUGCACACCCUGACUAAAGACAAGUUACUAGAGAUUUCCUUGACAUAUCAGGCGAACAGAGAAGAGAUGUUCAAGACAAAUCCCGCAUAUCAUUGAUGACUCACAUUAUGAUGUUCCUUGAAAGAGAGGAAGUUGCAGAGUUAGAAGAUGGCGGUAUGUUGGAAUUGUUGCUAAUUAAAGACAAAAUGACAGAGAUGAUCAGUGGCAUAGAUAACAAAACAGGGCAAACUGACCAUGAUAUUGAACCAGCCGGAACACAUCACAGAAUAGAGGAACUGAGAACUGUAACCCCACAACAAGGGGCGGGAACUGAGCAGAUUACUGCAGCCAAAGCCAGUGAUUCUCUGCGUCAGCCCCAACCCCAACCCCAUGCCAAUCUUCAGGGGAGCGUGCCGCUCUCACCCAAUGCACAGCCCAGCUCAUACUGGCGCAAAGAGUUUAACAUUUCUGGUCAGAUAGGUGAACCGGGCCAGAAAGAAAAACUGUUUUUUUCCUAGCAUUGCCCAUCAGAUCGAGAAUGGACUUAACAGAGGCCAUCCUGAGGUAGAAAUAGUAGAUGCAGUAGUCAGGGCUAUUUCUCCAGGCUCACAGCUACGCAGCUACUUGGAAGGUAAACCCCAACUAACUCUUCCCUCACUUAGAUGUAUCCUGCGUUCCCACUUCCAAGAGAAGAGUGCAACAGAGCUUUACAAACAGCUAGCUUCAGAAGCACAGCAUAGCAAGGAGACCCCUCAAAGCUUCCUGAUGCGCGUUUUAGAUUUGAGGCAAAAAGUACUGUUUGCAUCCCAGGAGUCCGAAUCAGGGCUUAAGUAUGACCCUGCUCUAGUCCAGAGCAUGUGUUUACACACAGUCCUCUCUUAAUCUAUGAGCCUGAGAUCGAUUGCUCUGAUAUUUCUGUUUUGUAAUGUGUUACUUUUGUAAAAAUGAUUACACUAAAAGUUUAAGUGAGAACACCGUAUCACUCUCGUGAUUAUUUCUCCCCUUUUUCAGGGGUGUAACAUGUGCAGUACAUGUUGAGUGCCCUUCUCUAUAAGCAUGCUGAAAGUCUUCAUUUGUUUACAGAGAAAUAUCAUUGUAUUUGGUCAACAGUUUUAUAGGUCUGCUGUUAGAACCAGUAAAGGCCGCUUUACCGCUCUUGGGUAGCGGAAUUACUUUGGCUUCCCUCCAGGCCUGAGGACAAAGACUUUCCUCUAGGCUCAGAUUAAAAAUAUGACAGAUAGGAGUGGCUAUAGAGUCAGCUACCAUCCUCAGUAGCUUUCCAUCUAAGUCGUCAAUGCCAGGAGGUUUGUCAUUAUUGAUCGAUAACAAUAAUUUUUCCACUUCUCCCACAUUUAACUUGACAAAAUUCAAACUUGCAAUGCUUUUCUUUUAUUAUUUGUAUUUUUUUUAUGCAUGAAUACAAUUGCUCACUGUUCGUUGUUGGCAUUUCCUGCCUAAGUUUGCCAAUUAAACAAUCAUUCAAAUAAUUGGCAACCUCAAAUGGUUUUGUGACAAAUAAGCCAUCUGAUUUGAUGAAAGAGGGGGUUGAAUUAGUCUUUUUGCCAAUAAUUUAAUUUAAAGUACUCAAGUUUUUAAAUGAUUCUUUAUAUCAUUGAUCUUGGCUUCAUAAUACAGUUUCUUCUUUUUGAGUUUAGUCACAAUUUGCAGUAAGUCAGCCAGUCAGAUGUGCAGCCAGACUUAUUAACCACUCCUGUUGUCCAAUCUCUUUCAACCAUACAGUUUUUCAAUUCCUCAUCAAUCCAUGGAGCCUUAACAGUUCUAACAGCCAGUUUCUUAACAGGCGCAGCUGUUGGAACUUUGGCUUUCCUGGAUAUAGCCACUAUAUUGUGAUCACUGCAUCCAAUGGGUUUGCAAUGGGGCUAUAUCUGGUGGUCCUCUGGGUCUGUGCUGUGGUGCUGCAUUCCCUCGGGAGAGCAGAGAAAGUAACUCAAACGACUGAAACAAGUUUCUCUGAGAGCACAGAAGGGUUGACUGUUGGGACAGUUACUACAAGGCUGGAUGUGACCCGAAGCCCUGCUAGACACACACACCAGAGCCUAGAACCUGACCAGAAGCAAGAACUGCCUCCCUUAUACCCCUGUCAGGAUGACGAGACGGAGUACAGUGAAAGAGUGUACCAGAGGGAUUCUCAUGGUGUUAUGCAGCUGGUUCAGAGCGACAACGAUGAAGACAGCGGGGACUAUAACGACACUGACAUUGACACCAGCAUUGACCUCUGCGACCUAUCACCCAGUAACACAAAAUGCACAAAGACCAAACACACACUCACACACGCAUGCACACUCGCUGAAACCCUGUCUGUAACUCUAGGUGGACCGGCCCGCUGUCUUAUCUACCCAACCAAUCAACUCAACUGCUCCUGGAAAUUCCAUGGUCUUCUUAAUGACAGCCAAUCCUCUGCCUCUGUCUCUGUGUGUAGGAACAAUGAGAGUAUCUCCAGUGUGGACUGUGUCUCUGAGGUCAUGGGAGGCCAGGGAUGGCCUGGCGGUGUGGUUCGAGGCGUGUCUGCUGGCUGCCAAGGGAGUGUGGGUGACGGCGUCACCUCUUUGAGUCUGACUUUCAAAGUGUCACGCCCUGGCGUGUGCUGCAUCUACACUAAUAAAAUGGACACCAUAGAUAUUGAAGUACUGCGCCCGCCCCCCAACAUCACUGCCUGGGUCAGAGAGGAGGGUCUGCUAGUGCAGUGGGAUCUUCCGUCCAACACCACACCCAGAUGCUUCAACUACCAGCUCCAGAUCAAUGACCUGGUGAGGAGCUUCACAGAGGGACUGACAUUCACUGAGACCAACCUGGACCACACACAACGGUACGACGUGAAGAUGAGGGUGAGGAAGAAUAGUAACUGCAGAGGAUCUGAACACUGGAGCAGCUGGAGCAACACCAUCCCAGUGGCCCCGUCUGAAUCACACAAUCAGCUGAACACUCUGGCGGUUGUUGCCAUCACUCUGGGGAUACCCAUGAUCCUCCUGGCUCUGCUGCUGCUGAUCAGACUCCAGAGGGACCGUCUGUUUCCCCCCAUCCCUGGCCCCCCACUGAAGAUUAAACACCUCUUGGAGAGAGACGACCUACUUCAGGCCCUGCCGUCCAAAUGUGUUGAGGAGAUCACAGUGGUGGAGGAAGCUGAGGAAACACCUGUCAAUAUGGCCAGUUAAACAAGAUGGCCUGUUUUUAAAGUAGCCUCGUAAAUACCAGCGUGAAGCUUGCGGGAUCAGAGGGCUUUGCUAGGCUGUUUUAAAGCCCCGUCAACAUUAGCCCCUAGGCUCUCUGGCCGAUCUGUAAGAAGGAUCCCCUUAGCCUAUCAGAGGUCAAGAUGCAGUCAUUAUUAUUUGUUAAUACCAUUACAGUCCUUUCCGAUCUACAAGUAGGACAAGGAGUGUGUGCAGGGCAAGUGUGACCUUCCUGGUCCCAUCCCUCAAGUCUGUGAGUCAACACAGGAAGGAGUAAUGGAUGGAUAGUUAUUUUAUUUCCAAAGCUGCGAUCAUGGGACACACACAGUAUGGAUGAAUAAUGAGUAGUAGACAGGAUAUAACAGCACUCCUAAAGAAGAUGCAUUCUCCAGUUAGCUACCAACUUCAUUGAGGGAACAUUAGCUAGCAUAAAACCCACAUUGGCAAAUAACAUAUCUGACGCCAAACCAACAGCAUUAGUUACUAAUAACGUAAAAUGUGGAUUUUUUUGAUGUAAUGUCAACUUUAUACAUUUCUAUCCACAAGCAAUUUCCUUGGUCAGACAUGUUGGAUUCUAGCUUGAAAUAUACUUAUUCAUAUUACCUACUAUGAAUUAUUGAUGACUUUACAUGUAUAAUGAAUGUAUGUGUUUGAGUAAAUGGUGGAUAAGAACUAGGUGAAUGGAAAGUUAAUCAGUGGGUCCUAUGGAGGGAGGGAGGCAAAGGGCAACAGUCUGGUUUCAGUCACUGGUAAGGUAGGACAGCUGUGGAUUAGGGAGGAGUGAGAAAUUUGGCCUGAAGUGAGAAGGAAUAAGACAUUUUUGCAUUUGUAUAAAGAAAAACGAUCACAUUUACAUAAGUAUUUAGAACCUUUACUCAGUACUUUGUUGAAGCACCUUUUCCAGCGGUUACAGCCUCAAGUCUUUUGGGGUAUGACGCUACAAGCUUGGCGCACUUGUAUUUGGGGAGUGUCUUGCAUACCUCUCUGCAUAUCCUCUCAAGCUCUGUCAGGUUGGAUGGGGAGCUUUGCUGCACAGCUAUUUUCAGGUCUCUCCAGAGAUGUUCAAUCGGGUUCAAGUCCGGGCUCUGGCUGGGACACAAGGACAUUCAGAGACUUGUCCCAAAGCCAAUCCUGCUUUGUUUUGGCUGUGUGCUAAUGGUCACUGUCCUGUUGGAAGGUGAACCUUCUCCCCAGUCUGAGGUUCUGAGUGCUCUGGAGCAGGAUUUCAUCAAGGAUCUCUUGCUUCGUUCAUCUUUGCCUCAAUCCUGACUAGUCUCCCAGUCCCUGCCGCUGAAAAACAUCCCCACAGCAUGAUGCCUCCACCAUGCUAGGUUUAACUAAGUGGCAAGGUGAAAAAUCUAUGAAUGUGCCCUUGAGCAAGGCACUUAACCCUAAUGGCUCCAGGGUUACUGAUCAUAAUGGAGAGUGAGGUCACAGCCAGCCAUUAUGAACGGUAACCCUGGAGCCAUAAGGGUUAAGUGCUUUGCUCAAGGGCACAUCCAUAGAUGUUUCACCUUGUCGGCUCGGGGAUUCAAACUAGCAACCUCUGUUACUGGCCCAACGUUCAAACCGCUAGCAGGGACUGGACUUGGUGAUUUGGAGGCUGUUAUGUUUGCUGUAUUGUGUUGCAUUAUGGGCUGCUACUUUGUGUACUUGUUGAUUGUGCAUGAAGUGCAGUUACUUUCACAAAUGCACAGCUCAUAACACUGACAUCCAAGGCCUUACACGGACUGCUAUAACAUGGGAGGUAAUGGUGCAUGUGUGUAGGGAGGAGUAAGAGUUUAUUUUCCAUGUUUGUAAAUGAAUACUUUUGAAAUCCUAUUGAUUCAUGUUCUCAGAAUAUUACAGAGCGACUCACCUGAAGCCUCCAUCCUUCAGAUUCAUUCUGAAGCGGUGGACGUACAGUGUCCUCCUGAACCAGAAACCACUCGGUUUCAGUAGGGUCAUGUAAAUCAAAAGGUGAGACAAACUGGGUGACAUAAACACACUCAAAUGUUGAAAACACUAUCCACUCAUUCUGAAAGUGCUUUUUAGUUCUAAUGAGGUAUUACUACUCAUCUCACUGCAAUACGUCUUAGAGUAUUGUAUAGACCAGGCCAAGAGUGUGCAAAGCUGCCAUCAAGGCAAAGGGUGGCUACUUUGAAGAAUCUCAGGUAUAAAAUAUUUUGAUUUAACACUUUUUUUGGUUACUACAUGAUUCCAUAUGUGUUAUUUCAUAGUUUUGAUGUCUUCACUAUUAUUCUACAAUAUAGAAAAUAGUACAAAUAAAUUAAAACCCUUGAAUGAA